UAGGUAGAAGAUGGCAGCCGAGGCGUGAUUCGAGACCGGGACCUUCACUCUCUCUGGGCGCGCGCGAGUAGGGGGUAUCCUUCGACGUACGGAGCAGAUCGCGGAAGUAGUGCGCUAGCGUGGUGCAUUAUCGCGUGUCGUCCAGUGUACCAGGAGAUUCGCGAUGUUCUAGGAGGACCCGUCGUUCUAUACCGUCGGUGCCGGUUUGUCCUCCUAUCGCCGCAAGCCUUCUUUACUUUCCUCUCCUCUCUACGAAUUCUCUCUUUCGUUCUGCGUCUGCCUCUCUUGCUCUCUCACUCUCUCUCUCUCUCUCUCUCUCUCUCUCUCUCUCUCGCUAUCUCACAUUCUUUGGUUCUCUUUCCAUCUUUCUCUGUCCUUAUCCGCCUUAUUCCUUCUUUCUCGUUAUUCUCUACCUUGGCCGAUUUCUCUCCGUUUCUCGCAUCUGCUUCUCAUUCUUUCCAGUUAGAUCCCGGUGUAUCGGUUGUUCCCUCCGGAAUCUUUCGCUCGGUUUUUCGCUUGUUUGCUCUUUCGUUCCUUUAUCCGCUCUCCCUCCUUUCUAUUCCCUUUUUGGUUGUGCGCCCCUAUAUACCACUCACAGCCCUCGGUUCUCGCUUUUCGCUCGCUUCUACGCUCCUACCCGAACCGCGUAACCCAGUCAGUCAGUCGUGUACUCAUGAUCCAACUGGCGACCAGGUAGUAUCGCUGAUUAUGCGCGACAUGAGCACCACCGCCAUCGUAGUGUUUUACGAGCGUCAUGUAAAAUGGAAUUAAACAAUGUUGUUAAGACGUAAACAUGUUUUGGCUACACUGUGGACUCUUUGUUCUCGUGAUUGCCGUACCUGGAUUUAUUAGCAGCGCCGACAGCACGUCCAAGCGAGAAGGCGACUACACCUUAGAUGAUUCCUUUUGGAACGAAGAGACUUCCGUUGGUGAGGCCGAACGACUACUACAAGAGUAUCGACAAAACCAAGAGCUAGUACAAAAUAUCGGGGGCCAUUACUAUCAGAUCAUCUAUCCAGUACAGUUACGGCAUCACGAGAAAAUGGGGAUAUCCACGAGAGAAGUCAGCAUAUCCAAGUAUCCUCAAAGAGGAUACGGAGAGGGUGGAUAUCAAAACAAUAAAGGCAGAAUGAGAACGGGCAGACAUUUUCAUCGGACGUCCCUCUUGAUCAAGGCCUUUAAUCAUAAAUUUCGCCUAGAUUUAGAAUUAAAUACGCAACUUUUAGCUCCGAAUCUUAUGCAAAAAGACUUUUUAGCCAACGGCGCGGAACAAAGUUUUAAACAGGAGAUAGAGCAUUGCUACUAUCACGGUACCGUGAGGGAUUAUCCAGGAGCUAGCGCUGCUUUUCACACGUGUAACGGUGUCAGCGGUGUUAUUCACUUAGGCAACGAGACAUUCGUCAUCCAUCCGUUUUAUGGCGGCGAUUUAUCGCAGAAACAUCCUCACGUUAUAUUUGAAGCUCGAACAAAGGCUAACAAAGGCUGCGCUAACUCGGGGAAUCUUGAGUGGCGUACAAAGAACCGCCGGCAGAAGCAUGUUCUGGGGCUAUCGGAGACCACUUCCGAUCGAUAUAAGAGAGACGUGCGUGAAGCAACCAAAUACAUCGAAACUGCCAUCAUUAUCGAUAAGGCUAUGUUCGAGAAGAGGAACGGUAGCACCAGAGCCGAGGUCGUUCAUGAUGCCAUCCAAGUCGCUAAUAUAGCGGACAUGUAUUUCCGCACGUUAAACACUAGAGUCUCCGUCAUAUACAUCGAAACGUGGCAGGGCGUGAACCAGGCAGACAUCGGCGCGGGCAUGGAUAUCAGUCUCGCUUUGCUCAAUUUAAACGAUUACACGAUGCGAAGGAUGUUCCAUGUCCCUCACGAUACCACUCAAUUACUCACGGGCGAAACGUUCUACGGCGGAGAAUCAGGGGUGGCUAUACCUUCGACCGUUUGCAAACAGAAAUCCGUAGGAAUCAGCGUCGAUUUGAACACCUACGAGCCUCAUCUUUUAGCCGGUACUAUGGCUCACAUGAUCGGCCACAAUAUCGGCAUGAGCCACGACGACGGAAGGAGCGAGUGUAUCUGCCGCGAAUGGCACGGAUGCAUCAUGGCUCAAUCGAUCGUGGGUUUGGAAAACGUUCAGCCGUACACGUUUUCCGAGUGUAGUAAAACAGAUUACAUAGAGUCGUUAAGAAGCGGCAACGGCUUUUGUCUUCUGAAUAAACCAAACGAGGUGGUGGUAAGGACGUCUUGCGGAAACAGGAUAAUCGACGACGGGGAACAAUGCGAUUGCGGAUCGAUCGAGGAGUGUCACGAGCUCGAUCCUUGCUGCGAUCCGAUCACCUGCAGGCUUACCUCGGAAGCGGAAUGCGCGUCCGGCCCUUGCUGCAGCGAUUGCAAGUUGCUGCCGCGUGGCGUCGUGUGUCGGGAGUCGACCAACGAAUGCGACUUGCCGGAAGUCUGUACCGGAGAGAACGGCCAAUGUCCGACGGAUGUUUACAAGAAAAACGGAAGUCCUUGCGGCAACGAUGCUGGACAUUGUUAUAACGGCAUUUGCCCGGCGUUGGAUGUUCAGUGCGAUCAAAUCUGGGGACGCGGUGGAGUUGCCGCGGACUACGAGUGUUUCAUACAAUUCAAUUCCAAGGGCUCGCUCAGUGGACAUUGCGGUACCGAUUCUUCUGGUCACUACAUCAAAUGCGAUAUAGAGAACGUUCGUUGCGGGUCACUGCAGUGUCAGCGAGGUGGCAAACAGCCAAUGUUGUCAGAAGCGGAUCAUUCGAUAACCAUAAUCUCGAUAAAGGGUGCAGAGUACGAGUGCAAGUCUACGACUGGGAAGGUGGAUGGAACCGAGAUGCCUGGCAUGGGUUUGGUUCGGGAUGGAACAUCCUGCGGUAACCAAUCGAUUUGCGUGAAUCAAACGUGCAUAAACCUGCCCCCGAACUUGGGCAACGACAAGUGUCCUAGCAAUCACAACAAUAACGAAUGCUCGGGGAAUGGCGUAUGCACCAACUUGAAUAAAUGCUUCUGUUACGUUGGAUGGAACGGACCAGACUGCUCCAUACAGCAGGAAAUUCCAACUUCCCCGCCAACCACGUCUAGCACCGAAUCAGCUGGUAAAAAUAGUUCAGAUCCUAAAUUAGGGAAGAAAGAGACCCCCUACGAGAACUACCACGGCUCUAACACUGUAUUUUUAGUUGGUGUGCUCAUGUCGGUGGUAGGGGGUGUUUUCAUAGUAUUUGCUCUGAUGGCUCUCUGCUACAGGUCAGUCGUAGUACAUAAAAACUACUCCCUCUGUCUCAGAAGGAAGAGCACCGUCCAGAAGUACGAGCAACCGUACGUGAAGAAACCGCCGCAGAGGAGUUACAUGGUUUCCGGAAAUGCCGGAAACCAUCAUCCGGGACACGCCGUCCUGGACAACGUCCACGACAAGAUCCUCAACUUCAGCAGUAUGCCUAAUUCCAGCCGCGGCGAGACCCAGCGCGUGGUGUUUCGACCCCCGAAUAGCGUCGCCACCGCAGACGGGCCAAGAGUCAAGGAGCAUAAAUCGCAGGUGAAGAAGCCCGGUAUAAGCGAGGAGGAGGUAGAUACGGGAGCGGACGAAGUUGUCUCCUUCAUCGAUCUGCAGCAGAACAAUCUUCCACAGUUUCGUGGGAAGGGAAUUUUAAAGAAACACGGUAGUUACGGUGUGGGAGGAGGAGCGGUAGCUAACGUGGAGCGUACGUUGGAUCAACUGAACGGUUAUCACGAGCACAUUAUCGAGGCACUGAGAAUGGCGGCGAAUCAACGAGAAACAUCGGGAACGACAUCGACUGGCGGAAAUCCGAUGGACGACGAAGCUCUGACGGAACCACUUACGGAAAUGCUAACGGAACCUCUGCAAGAUUGCUAUCCCACGGAUUCGUAUCGCAAAGACAUCAUAAAGCAUAUCGACAACCAAGCGGACGAGGAGUACGAGGAGCAUAUGCCGACUUGCGGUAUAAUUCGCAUACGCACUUUGGAAGACCUAAUCAAGCAGCUGGAGCGUCACACGACUAGAAACAGAAGUCCGAGCGGCUCCGAGGAUAUGCGCAUGUCCGAAAGCGAGGCUGAUCGUCCCUACAGAAAAGAUUCGUCCGUUUGUAGCGAGUCCUCCCAAGGAAGCAGAAGAUGUAGCCGCGGCCGUGACGAUACCUACGGUAGAUAUUGUCAGCCAUCGUCUCGAAGUCCUUACGGCACCCAUCAGCACUCUCAACACUCCCAUCAAAUGUACAAGGAGGAGGGUAUUUAUGCAACUGCCGAUCCUGACAGAGGCUCGAAUACUAGGGGUGAAACGCCCGAUAGCGAAAGUGAUGCAUUUAUUCAAGCUCAACAACUAGCCCGACGGACUAGUGUGGACGGAGUGCAACACCGGCCACCACAGCAGCCGCCGCCGCCGCCGCCGUCACCGCCACCACCUGCAAUGACUGGUAGCACGGUGCAGUUGCUACAGCUGCAUCAUUCUCAACGAAAGCAUCGUCAACAGCCGCAGCAACAGCAUCAUUGCCACCAUCACGCGCAGCAGUCGCAGCUCCAGCAGCAGCAGCAGCAGCAGCCGCAGCAGCAGCCGCCGCAGCCGUCGUCGCAACAACAUCAAGGUCAACACCAACACCAACAACAACAACAACAACACCACCAACUGCCGGUGGAACAACUGCCAAUACAGCAGCGCGGCUAUUAUUCAUCCCCACCCCACAAUGAUAACGGUCUCGAUAACGACGAGACUGAAAAUGCUCAAUCCCACCAACAAAAGCUCCCCGACGUUCGUGGAAUCGAUGUUAAUCACUUGCCUAAUAUUAACAAAUGCCCACUAGACGAUAAUUUUAGUCUAGAUUGUAACAUAAAUAAUGGUUCCCCUAAAGAAUUAAAUACCAACAACACUAGUGAUAACGAAAAUACUGCCCUACUGCCCCCUUCGCAUUUUCCUGAGUACAAGCAUUGAUAAUUAUUAAUCGAUGACAGAUAGUGUCUAUAAAACAUAGUGGUGUGAUUUAAUCUCGAACUCGCAUUUUAUACUGAAUAGUGUAAAUAACGAUAAACUAUUGAUCGCAACAUCAAGAACAACAAAAACAACGGCAAACAGGUAUUAAAUUAUAUGAAUUAAAAUAAUCUAUAUGAAAUGUUUAUUAAUAAACAUUAGUAAAACGAUUUACUCGAAGAAA